AUGCAACAGGAAGCCUCAAAGGACCGAGUCCAGCUCCUUGAGUCACAGAUCGGUGACAUUUACGCUAUUCUUAACUCGCUCACCAAGCCGACUUCUGACACCUCGCCUGAUCAUGAAGAUGCAUGCCAGGACAAUGCGCCCGGUAGUGGAAACAACAACGUGGAAGAGAGGCCUGGAUCGGUUCCUAACCCUUCUAUUGGACCGUCAAAUACGUCUCAAAUACAGUCCGAUUCCUCUCAUGAGGUGCUGGAAUAUGCGGUGAAUGUGUACAGGACGAAGGUGCACCUUCAACUGUUGCCCCUAUUCAACCUGCAAGGUUUGUCAAAUCGUUUUGCAGAGUCUCCUCCUUUUCUCCGUUGGAGUUUUCUCGCUCUCUGCUUGACCCUUUCAACACCAGCGCCUUCGGCGGGUCAUGACCCUGACGCUGGCCAACGGUAUUCUGGGAUGAGUCACCAAGUCGUUACCAGACUGGCUGCUGAAGGUACAGCUACGCUGGAAGUGUUGGAAGCCCUGUGUCUACUGGCUUUGAUGGGCAAGCCAGCAAGAGCCUGGAUGACCGUUGGUACAGCCAGCCGGCUACAAGCUUUCCGGACCUUGAGUCGACCAGAGCCGGAUAAUGCACACGAGGAUGAAGACCAUGAGUCUCGAUGCUACUGGAGCAUUUUCAUUUUGGAAAGAGCCUUCGCUCAUCAGCCAGGGGAAUCCGGAGAAAGUGACAAUGCGCCCAAAUAUCCUUCCAGUGCACCGUGGCCGCCUCCCGUUCACGCCCAAGAUUCUAACAGCCAAACUGUUGGCCCUCCGAACCUGGAUGAAGGCCUCGAAGACCCUGGCAUACUGGCUCAUUGCAUUGAAAUGAUCUCCAUCUGGGGAGAUGUCUGUUCUUCCCUUGGCGAACUACGAUCAGGCAAGGCGGAAAGCCCCUGGUUGCCGAACUCAAUCAUUUCACGAUUGAGUCUUCGUAUGCACGAAAGUGAAGCGCGAUUUACGUCAAGACACCUUCUCAGGAAUGUGGCACUUCCGGGGCGAUCGGCCUUUGAACUGCUCGAGCAUCAAGAGUACUGGGCACCCUGGGCAAUUAUGGAGAUAGCCGCUCAUGCGAUUCCAUCAAUUCUAAACCACCCAUUCAUCCAUCUCGUCACCACGCAUGGCGACGAGCGAGCCCGCGGAUCAAGGGUUUAUUAUCAACAAACGGUGGAUAGGGCACUGUACAACUCAGGAUGGGUAGCAAGGUUGCUACGUAUCUUUGACAGUCUGCCUUUCGAGCUCACCAACCCUUUGAUAGGGCAUAUGGUUGCAGGGACAGCUACAGUUCUCUGGUUCUUUCAAUUUGCCCGUGACAGUACGGUCUCACAUAAAGCGAAGGAAGAUCUGGGCAAGUGUGAGCAGUUUUUGGCGCGCAUGUCAGCUAAAUGGCCCCAUAUCGCCCAGAAGCUAAAGCUCCUCCGGGAUCUCCAGGCCAAAGUGCAUGAUAGCCGCAACGAAGGCAACGGGGAAAGCACAACCGUUACGUUUCGUCCCUCGAUACUAUUGGCUCUUCUCGAUUCAAGUGUCUCCCGGAUGGCACCUGUUGACCCUUCUCUUUCAGCCACCGACAAUGGCGACGACCAGAGCGAUGCCGCCAGCAUGCGUCUGAAUAUCCAGUUCGUCCACCCUUUGGUCGAGAAUCAAGAUGAAAGAUAUCUCCCGACGAACAAUUCUACCGAAAACGAGUUUCCCCGUGGAGGAAUUGGCACGUUUGAGAUGGACGAGUAUAUCCAAGAUGACUUCUUUUCUGAAAAUUUUACUUUUGAUGAACACCAGUGGUCGCUCGCUAUGAUGGAUGGGGUGUCAAAUAUGACCAUUCAACUAUAA